AUGAAUAAACCGGUGUUAAUUGGGCUUGUGUGCGGCGCUGCCGUGCUGAGUCUGGUCAUUGGUAUCCUGAUCGGUCACUUUGGCAUCACCAAGAACAGCAGCUCGGGCCCAUCCUGGGUGAACGACGUAGUGAAGGAUGUGGACGAGAAGCUCAUUGAAGAUUUCAUCCGAGAGGUGGAUCGCAAUGAGAUUGAGGAAAACCUGAGGGAGCUGACCAAAGUUCCGCACAUGGCCACCUCCCCUGGAGACGAAGAGACUGUUCAGUUCAUACUGCAGAGAUGGCAGGACCCUGACAGUGGUCUGGAUCAGGCCUGGAGAGAAGAGUACCAGGUUUACCUGUCUUUCCCCAAAGCUGAUGAACCCAAUAAAGUCACUGUCGUGAACCCAUCUGAUGACGUGUUAUUCACCGUCAGAGAGAGGGAGAAAGCUUAUUUCCCAGAGCAAGAGGAUCCUCAGGUGGUUCAACCAUUUGGUGCAUUCUCCCCUGCAGGACACGCAAAGGGGAAGCUGGUUUAUGCCAAUCAAGGGAAACCGAGCGACUAUCAGUUACUGAAUCAAACUGUGGACCUCAGAGGAACCAUUGCCAUCACCAAAUAUGGUGGAGCAGCGAGGCAAGCGAAAGCAAUUAAUGCCGCGCCCUACGGAGUCAUCGGGGUGCUUGUCUACACGGAACCUAAGGACAUCAAUGAUGGCCGCAUGUCGGACGCCAAUGAGACGUAUCCUCACUCCUGGUACAUGCCACCCACGGGUGUGGAGAGAGGAAGUUAUAAAACUAACUUCGGAGACCAGCUCACACCUUACCUGGCUGCUCUGGAGGAAACCUACAGAAUCAAACCUGAGGAUAUUAAAGGGCUCCCUCCCAUCCCCACUCAGCCCAUCGGAUUUGAGGAUGCCUAUAGAUUAAUCUGUGAGUUGGGCGGUGAACGAGCUCCAGAUUCCUGGCAGGGCUCCUUCAAUUGUACGUACAACUUCGGAGGCCCAGGAUUCAAAAGCACUUCAGUUUUCAACAGCAGUGAUGUCAGUUUGGACAUCUUUAAUUUCGCGGAGGUGAGAAACUCCUCCAAUGUGAUGGGAAUAAUCAGAGGAAGUGUUGAACCAGACAGGUAUGUGAUCUACGGGAACCACAGGGACAGCUGGGUCCACGGCGCCAUCGACCCGAGCAGCGGGACGUCUGUCAUGCUGGAGCUGUCCAGGAUUCUGGGCAAGAUGGUGAAGGAUGGUAAAUGGAGGCCUCGCAGGUCCAUUAUCUUUGGAAGCUGGGGAGCGGAGGAGUAUGGCCUUAUCGGCUCUGUUGAAUACACAGAGCAAUACUACACCAAGCUCAGUGAACGCACCGUGGCUUACAUAAACGUGGACAUAGCGGUCUUUGCAAAUGCUACACUCACAGCUUCAGCCAUGCCGUCACUGCAGAGCGUCAUAUUCAAAGCCGCACAACAGGUGGAUGCACCUGGACAGGGCUCUCUGUCUGUGUACGAAAACUGGAAACUUUUCACCAACAGAACCAGCCCGACGCAUGGAGUCAUUCCCAGAGUGGGGUUUCUGACAGGCGCAGGAAGCGAUUAUGCUGCUUUUGUUCAUUACCUGGGAAUCGCUGCCAUGGAUCUUUCAUACACAUAUGACAGGUCUAAAACGAAUGCCAGGAUUUACCCAGCGUACCACACAGCGUAUGACACCUUUCACUAUGCCGCCAACUUCAUUGAUCCCGGGUUUUACGGCCACCAGACCGUCUGCAGGACAGCCGGGAACAUCCUGUUGCGCCUGGCCGACAGCCUGGUGCUGCCGCUGAACUGUAGUGACUACGCUGAGAGUCUGGAGGCCUACCUCAACACUGCAGUGGACCAAUUCCAGAACAAGCUUCAAGAAAGAAACAUCUCUAUGGAGCCAUUAAAACAGGCAGUCAGCAGCUUCCGCACUGCAGCCAAGCAUUUGGACCAGUUGAUCCACAGCUCAGACCUGGCCAAAGAAACUCCGCUGAAAGUCCGGGAGAUCAAUGACCAGCUCAUGUUAAUGGACAGAGCUUUCCUGAACCCGCAAGCCUUUCCUGAAAAAUAUGGAUACAGGCACGUCAUCUGGGCCUCGAGAAGCUCUAGCGUUGCCACGUUCCCGGGCUUGGCUGAUGCCUUCGCCACCGCCGAAUCCUCAGGACUGGACAGCGACUGGGAGAAAGUCCACUUCCACGUGUCGGUACUGAGCCAAGCCAUCGGUGGCGCCGCCACCAUGAUGGCUGAGGUCAUAUAA